AUGGAAGGAAAUCAGAUAAUGGAGAAAGAGGAUAAAGAUGUGGAACGGUUCGUGGCGGAGAAGUAUCCUGGUCUAGUGGCGGAGCUCCAGCCAAGCGGUUCCUGCAUCGUUCAAGGAGUUAUGUGCUGUGAGGGAACCUGGCGGCGCCUUAAGCUCUACUUACCCCACCACCCAGCGCUCCAUGGUUUCCAGCUCUAUGUGCAGGAGCACUUGAUGUACAAGAUCUACACGUCGGACAAUCUGAAGGUUCAGGAUGACUGGCUUCUGGAGGAUUUGCUGGCCAAUCUGGCACAGAUUCUUCCCGCCCCAGAAGCCCUUGCAUUGUUUAAGGAUCCUUUGCCGGAGGGCAAUAUAUACUCCGACAUCCUGGCCUUGCACAAGCCCAACGAGUACCUCAUGCAAAUGGAUGAGGCCUGUACCCGACUGCGAUUCAGCGAAUUCUCCGACUACGAGCAUCACUAUCUGGAGCUGGAGAUUCCCUCGCUUCGCCUGCUGGAUCACAGCCUGCCAGAAUGCGUACCGCUGGGGGAAAUGCUGACCAAGAGCGCAGGAACCCUGGAGGAAGCCCUAAUCCUCUUCCUUAAGGUGCUGCAGGAGCUUCGCCCCUUCUACGACCACUUCAUGGACAUCGAUGAACUGUGCCACGUGCUGCAGCCAUCGCCCAUCACCACCAAGCACAAUUCACGGGUGUUUCCGCUCAAGGAUCGCGUCUUCCUGAAGGUGACCAUCGGGGAUCCCUUCGCCUGCAUCGCGUCCAUGGCGUUGAAGAUCAUCGGUCCCACGGAGGAGGUGGCCCACCUGCGCCACGUUCUCAGCGAUGGCCUGGGAAACUGGGACGCAGAACUGGACAUGCACAAGAAUCUGCUCCGCAUUUUCGACCUCUGCUUCUUCCCCAUGCCGGACUGGUCCAAUGGGCCCAAGCAGGACGAGGAAGAGAACGAAGAGCUGCGCUGCAACAUUUGCUUUGUCUACCGCCUGGAUGGCGGUGAGGUGCCCCUCGUUUCCUGCGACAAUGCGAGGUGUGUGCUCAAGUGCCAUGCGGCCUGCUUGAAAGAGUGGUUUACCACACUUAUGGAUGGCAAAACCUUCCUGGAGGUCUCCUUUGGCCUAUGCCCUUUUUGCAAGGCGAAACUGUCCACCUCCUUUGCGGCCCUUCUUAAUGACUGACUAGCCCGCCACAAUAAUAAAAGCAAUUGUUUAAGAGUAACUUAUUACAGAGAGACUUUAGUUUCAAAAAUCUUAAAUAUCAAUUAGGCAUAAUUUACUUGAACUAAAGAACAUAUAUGCAA